CCCAGAUUCCGCCGUUUCCCAACCCCGGCUCACUCCCAGCAGCCUCAUCUGUGCGACUGUCACACUCACACGGCCAUGACACGGCGCCGCCGGGGCAAGCGCGGGCGCACGAGCCCAGGCCCUCCGACGAAGCGCCGCCGCGGGGGCGCGCCGGAGAUAGAGUCAGACGACUACCCUGAGCCCGUUCCGACUCCGGCGCCUGCUGCUCCCCAGCCGUCUUCGGUGAUGGUCGCCGGGCUGCCGCCCGGCUGCGGCGUGCUGGAGCUCAAGUCACGGCUGGAAGCGUACGGCCCCAUCGCGCGGGCCCGCGUCGACGCCUCAGCGGCCACCGGGUACGUCACCUUCCGGUCCGGUGCUGCCGCCGUGGCCGCCAUUGCCGCGUCCCUCGACCCCGGUGGAGGCAUCGCCAUCGGAUCCAAGAAGGUUUUAGUUGUACAGGCCAGCGCAGCACCACAUAACUCAAUAAGGGCUGCUGAAUCCGCAGGGCGAUCGUCGCACGAUGCAACGGUGAAGAACGUGACUGAUAAUUCAGCCAUGCUGAGCUCCAAAGCAGCUUCUGGAGUGACUUACAAGGCGCGGGAAAUAGUCGCUUAUGAUGAUCUGUUCUAGAUUUCUAGUGAGUGUGGGUAGUAAAGUAGUUUUCCAAGGGACAAACCAGCGUUGUCACCUUCGUACAACCUAGUAGGAACUUGAGAGCUGCGCACAUGAGCCUCUGUAAUCUUAAUUAAAUCUAGGCCACAAUGUUGCGUUUAAGUGAGCAACUCUUUCCUCUCUUCAGUGUACCACUACCAUUCAUGAGGAGCUUUCGUGGAAACAUGGAGGUUCCAUGUGUCUUUGUGGUACAUAUUACCAUCCAGAAUUAAGACGCAACACAAAAUGCCACAAAA